GAUUCCGUCACUUGGGUUUCGGCGUUUGAAAAAGUCGGUUGAAGGUGUCACUUUAUUUUUUAAACCCAUUUUGUUAAAUGUUUUGAAGUGGGCAUUAAUUUCUGGCUACUUAAUUUUUUUACGAUCAUAAUUUGCUAAUUUUGUCAAGUGCUGACAAAAAUGCGGUCCCCCGGUAUUUUACUGGGGUUGUUGUUGAUUUUUGGCUCGUCGACAGGAAUCUUUGGAGAUGAUGACUACUAUGAUGAGUAUUAUUAUGAUGAUGACGAACCACGAGAGAUUUCAAAGGAGCAAAUCAAAGCGAUACAGUCCAUCAUGGAUGCAGUGCUUAAUCAAAAUAUCGAAAGAGCUGAUAACAGAACGUCUAAAGAGCUUCAAACUCUAUCAAGUCGGUGUGUCAAAUAUGUAGAUUCGUUCUCCAAAUCUUGCGAAGCAAUUAAAUGUGAAACUGGGCACCUGUUUGAUAAGCUAAAAGGAGGAAUAACGAAACUGACGAAAAAAGUGAUUGGAAAGGCCAAAGAUUUCUUGAAGAAGGGACUGAAGGCGAUCUUUAGGUUUAGAGUAAGGCGAGUGUUCAAAGGAAUAAGAAAAGGCAUCCGAAAAAUUACAAGAAAAAUUCGCAGAAUUGUGCGGCUUCCCCGGGUCAGGGUACGGGUACGCCGGGCACUCAGAAGAAUAGGGAGGAGUGUGCGGAAAAUCAGUGGGAAGGUCCGCAGAUUAGUGCGCCGCGUGAGGCUGAGAGUUAGAGUCAGGCGAAUCGUGCGACUUCCACGGAUCAGACGUAUUGUUAGGGUCAGGGUCAGACUUGGGAGAUGGCGGCGUACGUAG